CAGGAGAACAAAACACCUUCAAAUCGAUGCCCCACUGUCUCUCUAAGACCCUAACCAGCCGGCAUUUACCGAACACUAACCCCGGGAACCGUUCUUUCUCGCUGCCAAUGUUCCUGCUGCCAAGAAAAACUGCGUAAGAUGCCUGGACUGUUAGCCAUCUGAGGAGUUCCAAUCUAUCUGUGAAGUUCAGAUUUCCAGAAAGCCACAACUCUGUAUCGUAAUGAACAGUAGAUAUAAUGAGAAGCGCUGGCGAUGAUUACACAUGAUCCAAGAGAUUAUCGAGCUCCACGACAAGGGUGAAGAUUGUUGAGCUCCACAACAAGGGUUUCGAAGGCAAGGCUGAAAGCUAAUAUCAGGGUUUUCAUUAAUUUCUGAAGCCAAAAUAGUGUAGGGUCAAUAUCUCUCUACUCCCAAAAAAUCCCCAAAUCAGAAGAUUUGAAGAAGAAAAUGGCAGACUAUCUUCCGCAAGAUGUGCUAGUCAACAUCUUCACCAGACUACCCAUAAAAACCCUCUUGCAAUGCACCUCCGUCUGCAAAUCAUGGCACUCCCUAAUUGUGAACCCUAGUUUCAUUGAUUCCCACCUCAAUCGACCACCUACUCAAGCCUAUAACAAUGCCCACCACCUCUUGCUUGUGCGGACCUGCUCCGAUGAUGAUGAGGGCAGGAAAGAGCUCUACUCCCUUCACUGUGACAACGAAGCAUUUGAUGAGUAUGCCAAGCUUCAGUUCCCUUUCAAUAAGAAUUAUAAUCGGUUCUAUUGGAUAGUUGGAAGUUGCAACGGGAUUCUAUGCCUCACAGACAAUCAGAUGACAUAUGUGGACAACACAAUUCUGUGGAACCCCACGAUUCAGAAGUGGGUGAGACUGCCGAAGCCUAGGGUUACCUUCACUUCGCACGGAGGCUUUGGUCAUGCGAUUGGCUUCGGCUUUGAUGCUAAGUCCAAUGACUAUAAGGUGGUCAGGAUUGUUCGUCUUCUUGAUUUCGAAUCAGAGGUCCCACCGGAGAUUGAUUUGUACUCACUGAGCACAGGCGCUUGGCGGAACAUUAGUCAUUUGGGUCUUCCUUGUGUUAUUAGUGGAAGGGCAACUCAAGCUUAUUUAAAUGGUGCUGCUCAUUGGAUUGGAGCGGAUAUGGAAAGGCGUUGCAUUAUGUUUUUAUCGUUCCAUAUGGGUGAUGAGGCUUUUCAUGGUAUGUCACUACCAGCUGAUGUACCAUUUUUUCCUUGGUGGCUUAUUCCUGCUGUUAUUCAAGUAUCACUUUCUGUGAUAGAGGAGAAGGGUUUUAGUUAUGAAAGAAGUUGGUGCAUAUGGGUGAUGAAAGAGUAUGGGGUGGCAAGCUCAUGGACUAAACUUAUUGAUGUAGGUAUUGGUGAACAAUUUGACAUGCCAAUUGGUUUCCGAAAGGAAGGUGAACUCAUAAUCAAAGCUCGAGGGGAUCUUAUUUCUUAUAGUCCUAGAGAUGCACAAGUGAAGGGGCUUGGAAUUCGCAGCAAUACAGGGGGUUGGUAUGAUGAAUCACUUCAUACAGGUGCUUAUGUGGAAAGCCUUGUUUUACUUGGAAGUUCGGAGAAAACAAAGGAGGAUGAAGUUGCCUGUGAAGAAGAAAAGGAGGUUGAAGUUGGGUGUGGAGAAGAAGAAAUAGAAAGUACAGAAGCAGCAGAAACCAGGGUUGUGGCGGGAUGACACAAUCAAAGUGAGGAAGCAAAGAAAGGUUGAGAACGAUUGCAAGCAAAGAAGCAGCGCAGUGAAGCUCUUCAUCCUGGAGUUUAUUUGUCUGGAGAAGUAAAAGUAAAUAGAAAAAAAAAGACGAGAAAACAAGAACAACUUUAUGCUCUAAUCUUGCUACUAGUUUACUUAAGGUUUUUGAGAAGGUCUUUCUGCAAUCUCCUGAGUGUAAUAAAGGUGAUUUUAUAGGACAUAUAUGUUGGUAACUCUUUCUUCAGGGGGUUAUGUAUCUCAGCUUCAUGAUGAUUUGGAAUCAUAAUGGAAUUUGAUGCUCAUGUAUGUCAA